UGAAGACCACUGACUGGUCCUUUAACCUGUGAGCAGCUGUGUUGAGCCUUCGCGACUUUCCUUCCUGGGAAAGUUGGCCAGCUGUCGACCUCUGGUGUCAAAACUUCGCCAAGAAGUUUUCCCUCUGUCGACUUGAACACGGCUGCCACGUAGCGCAGACUUCCAGGGAAGUAGCAGCAGAUCUUCAGGAGCAUCUCUUUGUAAUCCCCUCUGCUGUUUACGAGGAUGUCUUCCAAGAAAUGAAUCCAGUCCUGCACAGUCUGACUGAAAUGUGAAUGUAACAGGACAGAAGCAAUGGGUAGUUCCAUCCUCCUGUUGGCCGGUGUGGUGUCCACUCUGGGCGGCCUUGUCUUUGGUUAUGAGUUGGGCAUCAUCUCAGGUGCUUUGCUGCAGCUCAAAGCAGAGUUUAGACUCUCAUGUGUCCAGCAGGAGGCUCUGGUCAGCUCUUUGUUGAUGGGAGCUCUGCUGGCCUCCAUCGUGGGCGGCAGCUUGAUCGACCAUCGGGGCCGCAGGAACUCCAUACUCCUCAGCAAUGUCUUGAUCCUGAUUGGCAGCCUGGUCCUGCUCAUCGACUCCUUCUCUGCACUGGUGGUGGGCAGGAUGACACUGGGGUUUGCCAUGUGUAUAUCCUCCAUGUCGUGCUGCAUCUUUGUGUCUGAGAUGGUUACCCCGGACCGAAGGGGCAUUCUGGUAACACUGUAUGAAGCUGGAAUCACUGUGGGCAUCCUGGCAGCUUAUGCUAUGAACUACAUCCUGUCUGACUCCAAAAGAGGGUGGAAGUGGAUGUUUGGAUUAGCCGUAGUGCCGACUUUGAUUCAGCUGGUCGCUAUCUGGUUUCUUCCAUCCAGCACGAAGGAAUCUUUAAGCCAAAAAUAUUGCUUUCAGACUGAAAGAGAGCAAAUAAGUACCAUUGGAAACCAAGAAGCCGGUGACUCAGAAGUCAGCUCCAGCAUGGAAAACAGGAAGGUUCAGUUUAACAGCAUGUACCUUAUCCAGCCUAAAGACAACAUGAGGACUCGGACCAUCAUUGGCCUUGGGCUGGUGCUCUUUCAGCAGUUCACAGGCCAGCCCAACACUCUCCUCUACGCCUCCACUAUAUUCCACUCGGUGGGGUUUCAGAGCAAUGCCUCAGCAAUGCUGGCGUCUGUUGGCUUGGGGUUAGUCAAAGUGAUCUCUACUCUGAUCUCCAUGGUGUUUUCAGACAAGGUGGGCAGGAGGCCUCUGCUCAUCAGUGGGUGCUCUGUGAUGGCGCUGUGUCUGCUAACCAUUGGACUCCUCAGUGGGCAUUCAUUGAUGAAUGCUAAGAGGCCUUGUAAUUCUGAGGACUUUAACGUUAACACAACAGAUGCACCUCAUUUAAAUUUUGGUAAUCGCUCAGUUUUUGACAUGCCUGAGAGCCAAAGACUCCUUGAUACCAGCACACAGGAUCAAGAUAUAGUACUAGAUCAAGUUAGACCGAAACCACCGGACACUCCUCUGGCAUCUCCUCCUGGCGCCCAUGGCACAGUUGUGAACUGGAUCAUUCUUGUGUGUCUGAUGGCUGUCGUCAGUGCUUACGCCGUUGGAUUUGGACCAAUGACCUGGCUUCUCCUGAGUGAAAUAUUUCCACCCGCUGUGAGAGGAAGGGCAUUUGCGUUCACCAGCUGCUUCAACUGGGCUGCCAACUUGUUGGUCACGUUCACAUUCUUGAAUUGUAUCGAUGCGAUAGGUCUGUCUGGGACGUUUCUUUUGUAUGGAAUGGCUGCUGUGGCAGCUGCGGUCUUCUUCUUCUUCAUGCUACCAGAAACCAAAGGGAAAACUCUGGAGCAGAUAGACAAGGAGCUGCGUUCAAACAAGUUUUAUCAUAGUGAGGAGUGCUGUUGCAUCAUCAGCUGGAGAAACACUUCCCCACAGUACCAAAGAGUGCACUGUCAAGUUAGCCCCUCAGGGUGAUACUUAGUUUACAAUAUUACCUGUGAAUUUUUCUGAUCAUUUGACCACUCUAGUUUGGGUCUCCUUCAGCAAUAAAAUUGUGAGGUAAAACUAUAAAGAAAUCAAUGAUGUUAUGAGUUUGCAAUAAUCUCUGAGCCUUGAGCCCCUUGACAGUAUUGCUUGUUCUUAGCAUGGCUUUAGUGAGCUGUUAGGCGAUGCCAGGGAAAAUAUUUGCUGUUGCUUCCAAGUUCCCAUGAAGUAAAGCACACAGAACCAUAGACUGCAGUUAGAAUAUUUUUUAUAUUUUGCGAGAGCACCUUAAAACAAAAAGUACUCCUUUACAGCUACAUAACAUUGGACGGGAUAGAAUAAGUAUUAGAUAUAGAAGUAUAAAAACAGAAUAGUUCUAAACAACCUGAAUAUACCAAGACUCAGCGAAGACCAGGCUAACUUGCUGGAAGGUCCCAUUACAUUGUUAGAAAUUGAUACAGCCAUUUCAUCACUCCAAUCGGGCAAAUGCCCUGGAGCUGACGGAUACCCAGUUGAGUUUUUAAGGUUUUGAAAGGCAAGAUUAAUAAGUUGUUA